AUGGCUGAAGGUGCACGAGGUGGAUUUGGACGAGGACGAGGACGUGGUCGACGAGGACCUCGACGAGGUGGAAAGAAGGACGAGGAGAAGGAAUGGGUCCCUGUCACCAAGCUUGGACGACUUGUAAAGGAUGGAAAGAUCAAGUCGAUGGAGGAGAUUUACCUGUUCUCUUUGCCCGUGAAGGAGUUCCAAAUCGUCGACACUUUCCUCCCCACCCUCAAGGACGAAGUCAUGUCCAUUCACCCUGUUCAAAAGCAAACUUCGGCCGGUCAGCGAACUCGAUUCAAGGCUUUCGUCGCCGUUGGAGACUUUGACGGCCACGUUGGUCUCGGAGUCAAGUGCGCCAAGGAAGUCGCCACCGCUAUUCGAGGAGCUAUCAUCGUUGCCAAACUGUCUAUUGUCCCUGUCCGAAGAGGUUACUGGGGCGCCCACAUCGCCGAGCCCCACACAGUUCCGUGCAAGGUGUCUGGAAAGAGUGGUUCGGUCAUGUGUCGAUUGAUCCCAGCACCCCGAGGAACUGGUAUCGUCGCUGCCCCUGCUCCCAAGCGAAUGCUUCAAAUGGCCGGUAUCCAGGACUGCUACACUCAGGCCAAGGGAUCCACUGCCACCCAGGGUAACUUCUUGAAGGCUACCAUGACUGCUUUGUCCAAAACCUAUCAAUUCCAAUCGCCCGAUCUCUGGACCAUCAUCCCACCUGGUCAGAACCCCUUGGACGAGCACUCUGUGCACCUCCAGAUCGCCGCGAGGAAGAACGCUGCCUACUAG